CGGUGGGCGGGGACGCGGGCGGGCGGUUCGCGCGCAGGAGCCUGAGGCCAAGGUCCUCCGCCGGCCAGCGCGCAGCUAUGCGAUCCGCCGAGCCGAGGGGCGCGCGCAGGCCUGCGGGACGCGCCUCGCCCUCCGCCAGAGACUGCACGCUGCUUCUGCUCUGGGUGUGUGUGCUCCUGAGGACCUGUGAACCCAAAGCGUCCAACGCCUCCAGGCCAAACAUCCUGUUGAUCUUGGCCGAUGACCUGGGCAUUGGGGACAUUGGUUGCUAUGGAAACGAUACCCUGAGGACCCCCAACAUCGACCGGCUGGCGGAGGAGGGCGUGAGGCUCACUCAGCACCUGGCGGCCGCCCCGGUCUGCACCCCGAGCAGAGCGGCCUUUCUCACCGGGAGAUACGCUCUGCGGUCAGGAAUGGAGGAGAGCGCCGGAUUCCGCGUGCUCUACUGGAACGCGGGCUCGGGCGGGCUCCCUGCCAACGAAACCACGUUCGCGAGGAUCCUGAAGCAGCAAGGCUACGCCACCGGCCUCAUAGGUAAAUGGCACCAGGGCUUGAACUGCGCGUCCCGCGGGGACCACUGCCACCACCCGCUGGCCCACGGGUUCGACUACUUCUACGGGAUGCCCUUCACCUUGAUCCCUGAGUGCGACCCGCACAGGCGCCCCCAGAUGGACGUCCUCGCGGGCUCCACGGUGAGACGCUACCUCUCCGCGCUGGCCCUGGGGGUCCUGAGCCUGGCCGCGGCCCAGCGCUGUGGCCUCCUCUCGGUUCCCUGGAGGGCCGUCGGGGGCGCGGCCGGCCUCGCCUUCCUGGUCCUCGCCUCCUGGUUCUUCUGCUACGGGUUCAUUCGCCGCUGGAACUGCAUCCUCAUGAGAAACCACGAGGUCACCCAGCAGCCCAUGGAUCUGGAAAGAACCACCGGCCGGAUGCUCCAGGAGGCCGUGGCCUACAUCCAAAGAAACAAGGACAGGCCCUUCCUCCUCUUUGUGUCCCUGCUGCACGUGCACACCCCUCUCCCGACGACCAAAGCCUUCCUGGGCAGAAGCCGCCACGGCCUGUACGGGGACAACGUGGAGGAGAUGGACUGGCUUGUGGGUAAGAUUCUCGAUGCCCUUGAAGAGAAUGGCCUGAGGAACUCGACCUUCACCUACUUCGCCUCGGACCACGGGGGCUCUUUGGAGGCCAGAGACGAGCGCCAGCAGCUGGGGGGGUGGAACGGAAUCUACAGAGGUGGCAAAGGCAUGGGUGGCUGGGAAGGGGGCAUCCGCGUGCCCGGCAUCGUCCGGUGGCCCGGGGUGCUGCCCGCUGGCCGCGUGAUCCAAGAGCCCACCAGCCUGAUGGACGUGUUCCCCACCGUGGUCCAGCUGGGGGGCGGCCAGGUGCCCCAGGACAGGGUGAUCGACGGCCGCAGCCUGGUGCCGCUGCUGCGGGGAGCCCGGGAGCACUCGGGGCACGAGUUCCUCUUCCAUUACUGUGGGCGGGCCCUGCAUGCAGCUCGCUGGCACCAGAGGGACAGUGGCCGAGUCUGGAAGGUGCAUUAUGUGACGCCGCGGUUCCACCCCGCGGGUUCGGGGUCCUGCCUUAACCAGAACUUCUGCCCGUGCUCCGGGGAGGGCGUCACCCACCACAGCCCGCCUCUGCUCUUCGACCUCUCCAGGGACCCUGCCGAGGCCCAGCCCCUGUCCCCCGACUCUGAGCCCCUGUACCACGCGGUGAUCAAGCGGGUGGGCGAGGCCGUGGCGCGGCACCGGGAGACCCUGAGUCCCGUGCCUCAGCAGCUCUCCCUGGGCCACGUCAUGUGGAAGCCGUGGCUGCAGCCGUGCUGUGGAACCUUCCCCUUCUGCUCGUGCCACGGAGAGGGGGACAGCUCCCCCCAGGAGCCAGGGCUGUGAGAAGAUGCCCAGGGUGACCUGGUGGACAGCACCUCCAAUGUGUCCUGCCUCAGUUUCCCUUUCUGGGGCAGCAUGCUCCAGCUGGGGAGGGGGUGCUCUUUGGCCUCUCUGUGCAAUGAGAGGGUCCCCGGGGAUUCCAAGACCCCCUACAGCCAGGGGCACCCCAGGGCUGACAUCGACUCCUUACCUGCCAAUCAUCACACCGCUGCCUUGGGAUCCAUUUCUGCACACACAGCCUUGCAGACCACGUGUCUGCACCCUCUCUGCUUUGGGUCAUGGAGGAAAGAAUAGCCAGGUCCUUUUCCUGUUCUUGUGGUUGGGGAUCAGUGAUCUCUGAGGACCGAUUCCCUAGCCACAUCUUCAGGUCACUGUCUCUUCCCUGCUGUAUCACUUAGAAAUGGCCUCAGGCUAGUCACAGAAAUCAUGGAGAAUAAGAAAGCUUUCAACAAAACAGUGGGAUAUUUUUUCUUGGGAAAGGAGAGGCCCUCAGGGAAGCAGGAUCUUCCCAACUUCCUCCUGUACUGUCCUAAAAAUGUAGGGUUGGCCUCAUGGUGUCAUGAUGGUUGCUGCAGCUCCAGCCAUCACAUACACAUUCCAGGCAAUGGGAUGAAGCAAGAACAGAAAGGCAACCUCCCCUCUGAGUCUCUCCCUGGGAAGGAUAAUUAUCAGGGAACCCACAACUUUGGAUUUCAACUAUUCAUUGAAGGAACUAGAAAUUGAGGAAUGUCUUGCCCUAAUGAAAUGAGAGUAAGUCUCUGAGGCAUGAAAAUAAGGACAGCUUCCUAGAACGGAUUGACGAUUCUGAUGCAUCAUUUAGCUGGAAGAAACAGCCUUUCCUCAUUCUGCUCAGAAGCCCACACGACUGGUGCCGGUUAUUAGCAAAUGAUCCUCAGAGCAGAGGGUGUCUGAGUGGAAGGCUUUCACCUGGGACAAAGCCAUGGGAGCUGUCGGACAGACCAAAGAAAGGCACCUGGCAUGCUUCAGGUACUUAGGGUUAGAGGGGUGCGCACCUGUAAUCCCACCAGCUCAGGAGGCUGAGGCAGGAGGAUCGCAAGGUGGAGGCCAGCCUCAGCAACUUAGCGAGACCCUGUCUCAGAAUUUUAAAAAGGAGAUUGGGGAUGGGGCUCAGUGGUUAAGUGUCCCUGAGUUAAAAUAAAAUUAAAAAUAUCUAGUGAUUUCACUACCAGGGACCACACGAGGGUGGUAUUCCAGGGACCAGGGUGGGAGGCCGUGUCCCCAGCUCAUAGACAUCCAACCCAGUUAACUCAGAGUAAGAAGUAUUUGUCCCAUGGAUUCACGUGGCAAGGUGGCUGCCCCAUGGACAGGGGCCAGCAGCAUAUACAGGUUUGGGGACUAGAAAUUGACACUAGCUACAUGGCACUCAGUCCUUGAGCCUGUUCUGAUUUGCUACACGGUCAAAACUGUGCCUGAAGUCACGUGAGGGCCACCUUGGGCGCAUCUCUUAGCAUGUGAAUGAGGGUCUCGCCAACUUGGGCUCCUUCUGGGCAGGGAUGGUGGUCGGAUCUGCCUGCACCUGUUCCCAGCUCUCCUGUUGCUGUUCUUGAACAAAGAACGUACUUGAGGAGGGUCCUCCUACCAUUCAUCUCAAGCACAGGGCAUGCCGGCCUUUUCUGUCACUAGGAGCCACCAUCAUGCCCAGCUAUGGAAGUUUCUGGAAUCCAGAGAUCAAGGAGGUAGGAGCAGCUGCCUGGGCGAGGGUCUCAGAGGAAGGGUUAGCUAACCAGGCAGCUGGCCCCUCCCUGCCCUGGUCCCUAAAGUCCUUGGAAGGAAAUUAAUUAUUGGUAGAGAAUGUUAUUAGAGUUUAGAUCUGGAAUGUUCUCCAAAGACGCCCGUGUUGGAGGCGUGGUCUCCAUUGCAGCAAUGUCCAGAGGUGGGACUUUGGGGAGGUGACUGGCUCAUGAGGACUCUGAGCUCCUCAGAAGGUUCAUCCUCUGAGGAGGUGGAGAUUGUAGGAGGUGGAGCCUACUUGGAGGAAAUGCAUCCUUAGGGGUGUGUCCUUGGGACUAUAUCCUGUCCCUGGCCCUCCUCUUCCUGUCUCUCUCUCUCUGCUUCCUGGUGCCACGUCCUGAGCUGCUCUCCUCCUCCAGGCCCUUCCACCAUGAUGUUCUGCCUCACCUUGGGUCAGAGCCAUGGACCUGGCCAAUCAUGG